GUUUCAGAACUUACGUAAAAGUUUACUUCCACGUUGUAACAUAUAUUACGCCGAUAGGGGGCGUUUCGCAACGACCCCACCCUUGAAUGGAGGAGGAGCGGCCAUAUUGGCAUCCGGAUUAAAAAAGAAUCUCUUCAAGAAAUUUAUUUGAGUGAUUAAAUUGAAGAAAAACUGCCAAAAUGCCUAAACCAGUUAAUGUACGUGUGACUACUAUGGAUGCAGAGCUGGAGUUUGCCAUCCAACCUAAUACAACUGGCAAACAAUUAUUUGAUCAAGUAGUGAAAACUAUUGGUCUUAGGGAGAUAUGGUUUUUUGGUCUGCAAUAUACAGACAGCAAAAAUUAUAUUACUUGGCUGAAAUUAAAUAAGAAGGUUCUUGGUCAAGAUGUAAAAAAAGAAAAUCCUUUACAAUUCAAAUUUCGUGCUAAAUUUUAUCCUGAGGAUGUUGCCGAAGAACUGAUUCAAGAUAAUACUGUGAGAUUGUUCUAUUUACAAGUGAAAAAUAGUAUUCUUGCUGAUGAAAUAUAUUGUCCACCAGAAACAUCAGUCCUUCUAGCAUCUUAUGCGGUACAGGGAAAAUAUGGAGAUUAUAAUCCUGAAAAGCACAAAUUAGGAUGCUUAUCUGCUGAUAGAUUACUUCCACAAAGAGUGAUGGAUCAGCAUAAAUUAUCUAAAGAACAAUGGGAUGAAAGAAUAACUAACUGGUGGGCAGAGCAUAAAGCAAUGCCAGGGGAGGAUGCAAUGAUGGAAUAUUUGAAAAUCGCUCAAGAUUUGGAAAUGUAUGGAGUAAAUUAUUUUGAGAUAAAAAAUAAGAAAGGAACUGAUCUAUGGUUAGGAGUAGAUGCACUUGGCUUAAAUAUAUAUGAAAAGGAUGACAAACUUACUCCAAAGAUUGGCUUUCCAUGGAGUGAAAUAAGAAAUAUAUCAUUUAAUGAUAGAAAGUUUGUCAUUAAACCAAUUGACAAGAAAGCUCCAGACUUCGUAUUUUUUGCUCCUCGUUUAAGAAUUAAUAAAAGAAUACUUGCUCUAUGUAUGGGAAAUCAUGAGUUAUAUAUGCGCCGUCGCAAACCUGAUACUAUUGAAGUGCAACAAAUGAAAGCACAAGCACGAGAAGAAAAACUUGCUAAACAACAAGAAAGAGAAAAAUUGAGGAGAGAAAUGGAAGCUCGUGAGUUGGCUGAGCGUAAGCAACAAGAAUAUGCUGAUAGAUUAAAACAAAUGCAAGAGGAAAUGACAAGAAGACAAGAAGAAUUGAGAGAAGCACAGGAAACUAUUCGUCGCUUAGAAGAACAACUGAAAUUGAUGCAGCAAGCCAAAGAAGAGUUGGAAAAGAAACAGCAGGAACUUGAAGACAUGAUGCGUAAAUUAGAAGAAAAUAAAGCAAUGGAAGCUGAGGAAAAAGCCAAAUUAGAAGAAGAUAUCCGUCGUAAACAAUUAGAAGUCCAAACUAUCCAAGAAGAAGUUGCUCAGAAAGAUGAAGAAACUAGACGUCUUCAAGCAGAAGUGGAAGAAGCCAGAAAACGGCAAGAAGAAGUUUCAGCUGCAUUGCUUGCUGUUACUGAAACCCCUCAACAUCAUCAUAUUCAUGAAGAUGAACAUGAAGAAAAUGAUGAAUUGACCAAUGGAGAAUAUGGUGCUGAUUUAACAAAAGAUGACUCUAUUAACAUCCCACGUCCCGAAGAAGAUCGUAUAACUCAAGUUUCUAAAGAAAAACAUUUACAAGAUCAAUUGAAAUUAUUGAGCAAAGAUCUGGCACUGCAGAAAGAUGAUACAAAGCUGACUCGAAAUGAUUUACUCCAUCAAGAAAAUGUCCGGCAAGGAAGAGAUAAAUACAAGACGCUGCGAGAAAUUCGCAAAGGGAACACUAAACGAAGAGUCGAUCAGUUUGAGAACAUGUAAAAAAAUCCCGUCUGCCAUUUUUAUAAAUAUAUUAACUAAUUUAGUAACUACAUUUAAAAGGUGCAAAGCAAGUUUGUUAGAUUACGAUCCAAAAUAUUCUAUUAUGAAAAUUAAUAAUUCAGAUUAUCAUUUGUAAUUUUUGAAUAUUUUGUUUUGUGCCUUUUUUUCUGUUAAAGCAUUCCAAAUUUUGCUUUGUUUUUUUGUUUUUUACAAUAUGCAUUUUGAAUAUGUCACAGUAUUAGGAAGCAUUUUUUGCUUGAAAUUCUUCUAUACACUUCUUAAUUUUCUUGUUAUAAUCAGGAAAUUAACUGUGAUCGGUUUCACAAUAUCUAUAGAUAAUGAAAAAGGAUGCGACAAAAUGUUUCUUGCCACACGAAUCGCACAGCGAUCGAAAACUUAUUUGGAACAUUCCCGUGGCCAUGUCGCUCCUCCAAUUAGAAUGCCAUUUUUUAAUUAAUUAGUACUUCACGAAUUAUGUGCCUAAAAUAUUUUUAAGUACUUUUGAUAUAGAUUUGUAGCGUUAUAUAUUCAGUACUUUUUGUAAUGGGGAUCUUCCAAUUUUACAAACAUGUUCCUGUUUAUAUUUUCAUAAAAGAUCUAAAAUUAGUAAAAAGUUAUGUACGACAAACUUUUAGGUAUAUAUAUAUAAAGAGAAAGAAAGGAAAAUGUUCCGACAUAUCGUGGGGAAGUAAUAUAAAUUAACGAAGGACAAAAAUUGUUGUUUGACAAGUCAAUACCUGCCAAAUAUUAAAAUGUUUAAAGUGAAAGAAUCUAAUAUGUAUGUAUGCCUUAAAAUUUUUUGCCAAUCUUUUUUAAUAACAAAUAAUUGAUUUUCUACAAAUUAUGUUUUGAUACAAUUUUUAUAAUACGAGGGGGAAAGACGAAUUUAACAUUUGCAGGUAUUGGGGCCGGGACAACGUCCCUCGAAGGUGCUGUCGUUGGUAACUAUUUUGCUGUCACAAAAUGUUGUUUGUUGCAAAGAUUGAUUGCCAGAAGAAACAAAAAUAAAGGAUUAUAGAUUAAAGUUUCA